CCUCACUCUCUCUCCUUCUCCCUCUCCCUCCCUCCAUCUGUCCCUCUCUCUUCCUCUCUCUUUCCAACUCCUAGGGAACUGGCUCAACCAGAGUACAACCAGCUCAUCUGCAUCUGGCCCUAGGGGACUUGCAGGAGCCAGAGAAGGAGAGAGGAGGCGGGCAGGAGCGGCGGCAGAGACAGCGCACAGCCAGGCCCGCGCCUCCAGGAAACCCAUGCCCGGCCCGUGUCGCCCCGGGCUUGCUCAUGAGGCCUCUGCCGAGACGCAAGAGGAAGCACCGCGGCACCUCCUUGGGACUCCUCGCCCUCUGCCUGGCCGCAGCCCGCUGUCUGCAGAGCUUCUCCAGACAGCAUUUCACCCUCCUCUGCCACCCUCCACUCCCACAGACAGGUGUGCCUUCUUGGCACCUGGGGAGAAAAGUUGAGUUGACCUCUCACGAAGCCUGCUACAUUUCUAUUCUACCAUCAGAGAAGGAGCUGGGAAGAAUACCGGGUCAGAGCAUGUCACUGUACAUUCCCCAGUCCACCAUCAAUGCCACGGCCGGAGAAGACAUCCUGCUCUCGGUGGACUACUCCUGUCAUGGUGUCCCCACCAUCGAAUGGAAGUAUACAUCCAACUGGGGAGUGCAGAAGAUUGUGCAGUGGAAGCCAGGGACUCAGGCCAACGUCUCCCAAAGCCACAAGGACAGAGUCUGCACCUUUGACAACGGCUCCAUCCAGCUCUUCAGUGUGGGUGUGAGGGAUUCGGGCUACUACGUCAUCACGGUGACAGAACACCUGGGGAGCAGCCAGUUUGGCACCAUUGUGCUGCAUGUGUCAGAGAUCCUCUAUGAAGACCUCCACUUCGUUGCUGUCUUCUUGGCUUUUCUUGCUGCUGUGGCUGCAGUGUUAAUUAGCCUCAUGUGGGUUUGUAAUAAGUGUGCGUAUAAAUUUCAGAGGAAGAGAAGACACAAGCUCAAAGGUAAUUUUCUGGGCCCUGUGAUAAUCAAUUCGUGUUUUCAUGGCCUGAGAUGGAACAUGUUAUCUUGUCACCAAAAAACCACCUUGUGGCUGAUCUGCAACUCAUUGACUUAUCAUUUGCUUUGCAGAGAGCACAACUGAGGAGAUUGAGUUGCAAGAUGUUGAGUGUUAGCCAAGACUGAGCCCAAUUACAUUCCUACCUCAAGAGAAAAAUAUUUUCCAAUGAAAGGAACAAACACACCAAUCCAUUUUAAGAGCCUCUGGUUGCCCUGCUACAGCCACCUAUUCCUGAUGGGACUGCCACGUGUUAACAAAGUUGGCUGCAUGGACUUGAGGACUCUGGAUUGGACAAAGUCAGUUCUGUAUCUACAUGAAGUUCAAGGAGAAGAGUGCUUGAGGCUUUGAGCCAGAGCUUGGCUUGGCUGCAGUUGUCAGAGCCAUGCUAACCCAUAACCGACGGUGCCAGGCCGGCACUGGCUGCUUGCUCACUGCGCUCUGCUCGGCCUGGGGGAUGGCCAUUGGAGGAGUCCCGGAUCAGAUGCUAGAGCAUCUCCAGACUGAGUGUGCAGCUCUUUGUGCACCUGUCUGCUUGUGCCCUCCAACUCUCUGCUGUGGGAGCUAUUGAGAAAACAUGAGGCUUUUAGAUAGUCUGCUGCCUAAGAAGCAGACAUAAGAGACGAGAGGUGUGCUAUUGUGCCAUAGUAAGUUGCCCAGAGCAGGGCGAGGACCUCCCCAUGGCCUGGAACUUUAGGGAGAAGAGCUUAAUUUGUUGAGGGACUAGCACUGGGAGCAAGGAAUAGGGGGCAAAAUAACCUUUCUCUUCCUCUCUUAGGCCAACAUUACUUGGAUUUUCCUUCUUGUGGCCCGAACUUCAGUCAGUGUGAGGAAAACAGCUGUUCUCCUCCACCAUGGGCAGCAUCUGGCCUCCAGAUGGCCUCCUGACAAGCUGUGUGAAAGAUGGGCCUGCAUAAUAGGUGGUACAAUUGGAAAGUCACUCAGCUCAGAGUUUGAAUCUGUCCCUCACAGUCACUAACACUUCAUGUCUCAAGUCAGGCCCUUGUUCUCUCCCGAGUGGGCAAAGGAACACUUGGCACUCACCUACCUCACAGUCAGGGUAUCAAGUGAAGUCCACAGUAUGCAUGGAGCUCUCCAAGUAAUUUAAGACCAGCCUGAGGAAACUUUAAGGACCUAGAAAGCAAUCAUCACCAUACUGAGCACUGGAACUUGAUAAAAUGCCCUGGGAUAUUGGGCUCCAGGUGAAAUUAGGGCCUGGAUCACAGCUGGCCCUUAUUCUCUCAGGUGUUGGUUACCAUGAUUACCUGAAAGUUUCUCCAUCUGGUGAGCUGUAAAGCAGGCCUGUAUUUAUUUUCCAUGAUCUUUUCUCUCUUAAUAUUCUUAGCUACAGACUGAGGUACCAUCCCAAUUAUUGGUAGAGGCUGAGAUUAUUAGCUCUGUCCCUAGCCCUCAGCUGCAAAUUCAUCCAUGUAAAGGAGAAAGAGAGCUAGAACAACCCCAUUCUUCCUUCCCUCCCUUCAAAUCCCCAAGGUCCAUGUCUUUUCUUCUUCCCCUGUGGCAGAUAAGGAGUUGCCUGGAGUAGUAUGAGGCCUUCCCCUGACUACUGAAUCCAGGGAUGCAGGAAGUGAUCUCUUGGAGUAUUCAGACGGGAGAUCUCAGUGAUGUAGAGAAGGGCUCUGAAGGUACCACUUGACUCAAAAGGAAAGAGGGUAAUCAGUCUACACAACUGAUUUGUAGCUCUUGCACCUGAUACGUAGAAGUUCUCACCUCAGGCCACUUCCUGUACACAUGCGUGUAAACAUGCACAUCUGUGCCCUUUACCCAGGCAGCAGUCAGAGGAGCCGGGCCUGUACUCGGGCAGGUCCUUAUAGGGGUCUCCAGUGC